GCGGGCUCCCUGCGUGGCAGACGCCACCACCACACACACCUGCUCCUUGGACCAACAUCUGCUCCCAGCGUGUCCUCCUCUCCCCGCCCUCGCCCUCCUGCCAUGGGUGAGCCUGCCGAGCCCGGGAACCAGGCUGCGUGGGACCCCAAUGAGAAAAACAUCUCGGAGAUCAGCCAGAAUUUGUCAGGCGAAUACUUCAGGUAUAAAGACAUCCUCUUCCCCGUCGGCAUCUACUCACCUGAGAGUAUCAGCAUCGCAGAGAACUCGGCGGUGCAGGACGACGACAUCUUCAUCAUCACCUACCCCAAGUCAGGCACAAACUGGAUGAUCGAGAUCCUCAGCUUAAUCCUAAAGGACGGGGACCCCUCCUGGAUCCGCUCAGUGCCCAUUUGGAAGCGGUCGCCCUGGUGUGAGGCCAUCAUGAGUGCCUUCAGCCUCCCCGACCAGCCCAGCCCUCGCCUCAUGAGUUCUCACCUCCCCAUCCAGCUCUUCACCAAGGCCUUCUUCAACUCCAAGGCCAAGGUGAUCUACAUGGGCCGGAACCCCCGGGACGUGGUGGUCUCGCUCUAUCACUACUCCAAGAUCGCCAGGCAGUUGAAGGACCCUGGGACGCCUGACCAGUUCCUGAAGAACUUCCUCAAAGGCGAAGUGCAGUUCGGCUCCUGGUUCGACCACAUUAAGGGCUGGAUUCGGAUGCAAGGCAAAGAGAACUUCUUGUUUAUCACCUAUGAGGAGCUGCAGCAGGAUCUCCACAGUUCCGUGCAACGCAUCUGCCGGUUCCUGGGCCGGCUGCUGGACGAGGAGGCGCUGGAGUCCGUCGUGGCGCACUCGGCCUUCAAAGCCAUGAAGGCCAACACCAUGUCCAACUUCUCCCUGCUGCCCCCCAGCCUGCUGGACCAGAGCCAUGGUGCCUUCCUCCGGAAAGGGAUCUGCGGAGACUGGAAGAACCACUUCACUGUGGCGCAGAGCGAAGCCUUCGACCGAGUCUACCGCGAGCGGAUGCGGGGGCUGCCGACCUUCCCCUGGGACGUGGACCCCGAGGACGCCGGUCCGGACCCGGACCCCCGUCCCGACCCGAGUCCCAGCCCAGACAAGGCCUCCGAGCCACCCCACCCGUGACCCUGAGAAUAAACGCAUCGCUGCUGCCCGGGC